UGCGGUGACAAGGUCAUAAAGUGGUGCGUUGCUCAAGCAGUGCUCAGCUGAAGGGUUUCCAUCGUCUUAUGGGACAAACGAAAAUCGUCCAUAAAUUAUAGUCUCACUCAACUUUUCUCCUACAAACCUCUGAAUUUUAAAUUCUGGAGAAUGCCAUUUCUGAAGGGUGGACGUGCUGCGGUGACAAGGACUAAAAAGUACUUAGAAGCUGGACGAAUACUUCUGAAUGAUGGUGUCAAGAUUAUUGUCAUCAAUCAUGUCCCCGGAGCAGAAAUAUCACAUGGAUGUGAUGAGUUCAUUAAGUGGCAUUUACCUCCUUUACAAUUCAGAAAUCCAAACGUCCAGAUAAUUACGUUCAAAAAUAUGUGUCCGACUCCAUUUAUUAAAAUUUAUCUUGAAAAAAACGAAGAACAAGUGGUGAAUUGUGCCUUUCGAAAGAAUUCCGAUAUCUAUGAUCACCUAAUUACACUUCUUGGGAAAACUGCUUCAUCUGAGAGUUCCUUAGUGAAUGAUUUGACUACAAAAAACCCAUCAAGUUUUGGCACAGAGUAAUUUUAAAUCUAAAAAAUCUAACAAUUUCUUAUUCAACUGUAGGUUCCCGCGCCAAUGUAUAUGCG